CUCAAGUGGUUGACUCUAUACUCAAUUCACAACUCAUUAGUAAUGACUUAAAAUGACAACCUUAAUCGACAACACAUAUUUAAUUCAUUCAUUAUUAUGUUAUGUGCAUGUUUGGUUGGACACCAAUUAUGAAAGAGUUCACUCAAAAACUUAUAUAGGGGAGGGGACCAUUAUUUCACCUCACCAAUUGCUAUCUUUACACGCUACCAAACACGCCACUAUCCAAUCCAAACACAUUCCCUAUUCCCACUUCUCUCCUUCAUUCUGGGGAACGUUGCUUUCACGCGCUCCCGUACUCAUCGGAGAUCGCCGACCUCCGCCAUGGCCUCCUCCGCCGCCGCCGCAGCAGCAGCAAAAUCUCUGUCUUCGCUUAACUUUUCCCCCGAUCCUCCGCCGAAGCUGCAACUGACACCGGAUCAGAUUAAGUACUGCUCUGAAGCUCUCCGAUCUUUGAAGGAGAAGAUCCAAAAACCUCAUCAGAUUAACCAGGAGUUUGAUUCUGUCCAGGAUAGUAAGAUAACGCCGUCGGAGAUGAAGCGGAAUUGCAGUGUUGCUAUUGAUGGUGUUAAUUUGAGCAAGAAUCGCUACACUGAUGUAUUGGCCUUUGAUAGAACUAGAGUUGUUCUUGAUUCUUGCAAGGACUAUAGACCUGCUGCAAAAGGCUACAUUAAUGCCAACUUCAUUACCGUUUCUUCUUCCGAAAGCAUUUCUCGGUUUAUUGCUACACAAGGGCCACUUCCUCACACUUAUGAGGAUUUUUGGGAAAUGGUGAUCCAAUACAAGUGUCCUGUUGUUGUGAUGCUAACACGAUUGAUUGACAACUAUAAGACGGUAAAAUGUGGAGAUUAUUUUCAGGCGGAAGAUGGUCCUAGAGAAUUCGGUAACAUCUGUAUUAAUACUAAGUGGAUAAGUACCACUAACACCUCGUUAGUGCUCCGCCAUCUUGAGGUGAACUACAAGGAGUCUGAAGAGCUGCCUAAGUCUGUUCUGCAUAUUCAAUAUCCUGAAUGGCCAGAUCACGGUGUUCCUGAAGAUACAACAGCUGUUCGCGAAAUGUUCAAAAGAGUACAUCAAAUACCACCAAGUAUUGGCCCAAUUGUGGUUCACUGCAGUGCAGGUAUAGGAAGAACUGGAGCAUACUGCGCAAUUCAUAAUACAGUCCAAAGAAUUCUUACUGGAGACAUGUCUGCAUUAGAUCUCGCCAAAACAGUAACCACAUUUAGGUCUCAGCGUAUUGGAAUGGUUCAAACACUGGAGCAAUUCCAUUUCUGUUACUUAGCCAUUGUUGAUGAGUUGGAAGAUCUCAUUUCUGGGGUUAGCGGCGAAGGAAGUUCAAAGAGUGGUACUACUUCCAACACUUUUGAUUGAAUUUCUUAUGUUUUUGAUAUUUGAUCAGUUGAAAGAGUGAAUCUAUAUAUUAUUUGUUUGGCAUCCAGGUAAAUGAGAGCAAAUACUAAAUGAAGUUUACAACUCCAUCUACUUUGUUUUGGCCAAAUUAACCAUUUUCUGAUUAUUGGCAUAAAAUCAAUUUGGGAUGUAUUAAUAGUUUACCUACUUCCCCAACAUUUUUCAAAAAAAUCGAGAUGGGCAUCGUUCCGGGGACCUUGGAAUGUAUAUUUCCUUAUAGCUGCAUUGAUAGAGAAUUAUGCCUUUCAUGAGAAUGGUAUUUGUUCCUCCUUGUAAUGCUUCUAAUCACUUUUGAUGUAUUUUUUUGGUGGACUCCUUUUUGUCACUUUUAUUUUUGGUAUUUUUGGUCUGUUUCCACACCAGAAGUCUAUGAGUUUGUUUGAUACAUAAUAUGGGUUUCUUCACUUUGAUCUAUUUUAAAGAAGUUAGGCCACCAAAAAAGAAAAAAAAAUCAUGUGAAUAAGACACAACACGAAAA